UCCCCCUCCCCACCACAUCACAACAAGGCCUCCCCACCGCCUUCCCCCCACCUCCUCCGCGCCCGCUCCUCUGGCUCUCCCCUCGUCUCGUUCCCGUCUCCAAACCCUAACCCUAAUCUCGUCGACUUCCUCCGCCGCCGCGGGCCGUCGUCGCCGCUCUCGCUCCCGCGCUCAACUCCUACUCCACCCCCGGGCGCCCCUCACGCGCCCGAGCGCGGGGGCACUAGGGUUUCCCGAUGGACCCGCGCCGCCCUUCCCCGCGCGGCGGCGCCAACGGCAGCGGGCUCUCUUACUCCAACCUCUUCAACCUUGAGCCAUUGCUAAACUUUAAGGUCCCUUUACCUGAAGAUCUUGAUCGCUAUGGCACUAGUAGCCCAAAUGGUAGCAUGAGCAGCCAAGGUCAAGGAUCCUUGUCUGACCAGCACAAUGGUCUGCAUCGGAAGCGAAAAAGGCAUCCUCAUGUUGGUAGCGAUGAUGAGGAUGCAUAUGCCUAUAGUAAUCAAAUAACUGAGGAGCACUACCGUACUAUGCUGAGCGAACAUGUUGAGAAGUACAGAAGGUCAAAAGUCCAGGAGGGUGUUUUUGGUUCUGAUCCUUCUCGGGCGGUGGUCCCCAAAAUAAAACACAAAAAUGGUCAUACAAGAGUUAUGAAGCACAAAAGUGAUCUCAAGGGCGUUGCAGCAAUAGGUGAGGCAGAAGCCUCACCUGAAUAUAAUGGGACAGCAAGUAUCAGCACAUAUGGUGGUUUCAAUAAGCUUGUAGCUUCACUCGAUUCUUCUUAUUUGGAUAUGGGGGAUAGUGUAAGCUACUUAAUUCCAGAGGGUUAUGAUAAGUUAGCACCUUCCCUUAAUCUGCCUGUUUUUUCUGAUAUACGUGUCGAGGAGCAUUUCUUGAAUGGUAUGUUAGAUCUGCGCACCCUAUCAGCAAUGCUUGGUACUGGACGGAAGUUUGAGAGUACCAAUUGUGGUGGAUUAGCUGAACCUCAACCGCAACAUGAAUCACUCCAGGAAAGGGUUAAGGUGCAAAAAUUUGCUCUUCAAGUAACUGAGGACCCCUUUGCAAUUCCAGAAGGAGCAGCUGGGAGGAUACGGAGGUCUAUUAUUUCUGAAUCUGGCAGUUUGCAGGUUCAUUAUGUUAAAGUAUUGGAGAAGGGAGAUACAUAUGAGAUCAUCGAGCGUAGCUUGCCAAAGAAGCAAGUAGUGAAAAAAGAGCAUUCUGAAAUUAUGAAAGAAGAGUUGGCAACUUUUCUGAAACGCUGGCAAAAUAUUACUAGAAACAUUCCAAAGCAUCACAAAAAUUUCACUGCUUUGCUGAGAAAACGGCAAAUGGAUGCUAAACGCUUCUCUGAGAAUUGUCAACGGGAGGUGAAGCUCAAAGUAAGCAGGUCACUGAAACUGAUGAGAAGUGCUCCAAUACGUACAAGGAAGCUUGCUAGGGAUAUGUUGAUAUUUUGGAAACGAGUCGACAAGGAGCAGUAUGAGUUGAGAAAAAAAGAGGAAAGGGAUGCAGCUGAAGCUCUGAAGCGAGAAGAGGAACUACGUGAAGCAAAAAGACAGCAGCAGAGGCUCAACUUCCUGCUAUCCCAAACUGAGCUUUAUAGCCACUUUAUGCAGAAUAAGGCAGGGGAAAAAGCAUUGCCUGAUGAGGGAUCUGUACCUGAGGCUGAUGAGGAAGAAGACCCUGAGGAAGCUGAUUUAAAGAGGGAGGCUUUGAGAGCUGCUCAGCAUGCUGUAUCCGAACAAAAAAGAAUGACAAAUGCAUUCGAUAGUGAAAUUGUGAGGCUUUCUCAAUCUUCUGUGCCAGGUAUUGCGACUGAUGAUUCAGCUACUGCGGAGCCUAGCAAGAUUGAUCUAUUACACCCCUCAACGAUGCCUGAGCAAUCAUCUGUGCAGACUCCGGAGUUGUUUAAAGGUGUACUAAAAGAGUAUCAGUUGAAGGGCUUGCAGUGGCUGGUCAAUUGUUAUGAACAGGGGUUAAAUGGCAUUCUUGCUGAUGAGAUGGGUCUUGGUAAAACUGUCCAGGCUAUGGCAUUCUUAUCCCACUUGGCUGAGGACAAGAACAUAUGGGGUCCCUUUCUAGUGGUUGCUCCUGCAUCUGUUGUGAAUAAUUGGGCUGAAGAGGUAAUUAGAUUCUGCCCUGAUCUUAAGAUACUGCCUUAUUGGGGGCCAGAAAGGAUGGUUCUUCGGAAGAACAUUAACCCCAAACGACUUUAUAGAAGAGAUGCUAGCUUCCACAUUCUCAUUACAAAUUAUCAGAUACUUGUGAAUGAGGAGAAGCUUUUGAGGCGAGUUAAGUGGCAAUACAUGGUGCUCGAUGAGGCCCAGGCUAUAAAAAGUUCAAGCAGUCAACGCUGGAAGACUUUGCUGAGCUUUAACUGUAGAAAUCGCUUACUUCUUACUGGGACACCAAUUCAGAACAACAUGGCUGAGCUAUGGGCGCUCCUCCAUUUCAUUAUGCCCACUUUGUUUGAUAGCCAUGAACAAUUUAAUGAGUGGUUCUCAAAAGGUAUCGAGGGCCAUGCUGAACAUGGAGGGACCUUGAAUGAACAUCAGCUUAGUCGACUGCAUGCUAUAUUGAAGCCGUUUAUGCUCCGUCGGGUCAAGAUUGAUGUGAUUGCAGAAAUGACAAAAAAGAAAGAAGAAAUUGUGCCCUGCAGAUUGAGUUCUCGUCAGCAAGUCUUUUAUCAAGCGAUAAAGAAUAAGAUUUCUCUUAAUGAGUUGCUUGAUGGAAGUCGUGGGAAUUUGAACGAUAAGAAGCUUCUUAGCCUGAUGAAUAUUGUCAUGCAGCUACGAAAGGUCUGCAAUCAUCCGGAGCUGUUUGAGCGUAAUGAGGGAAGCUAUUACUUUUACUUUGCCGAGAUCCCGAAUUCUCUUCUUCCUCCCCCAUUUGGGGAACUGCAAGAUAUACAUUAUGCUGGCAAGAGGAAUCCAAUAAUGUUUGAGAUUCCGAAGUUAGUUUAUGAAGGAAUCAUCUGUAACAGGGAAGCACCCAUGUAUGGUUGUGGAUUUCGGAGUGGAUAUUUGAGCAGACUAUUUAAUAUAUUUUUGCCAAGCUAUAUCCAUAAUUCAGCAUUUCCAGAAUCAACUUCACAAAACGAGUCUGUUCUGGAAUCUGGUGCAUUUGGCUUUACACGGUUAACAAAUCUGUCCCCAGUUGAAGCUUCAUUCUUGGCAACGUGUUCCUUAUUUGAGAGCCUAGCAUUCUCAGCAAUAAUUCGUAAGAGGGAGUAUGUUGAUGAAAUUGUGGAUGCAUUCCUUGGUUCAGAAGGUCCUGAUCUCCAGCUCGAUCAGAACGAUACCAGUAAAGUUCGUGCUGUUAUUAGGUUGUUGCUUUCACCUAAGAAGGCAGAGUCCAGUUUGCUCAGAACAAAGAUUGAGAUAGGCCCGAGUGAUAACUCAUGUGAAGCACUAGUGCUUUCUCAUCAUGACAGGCUUGCCUCAAACAUACGGCUUCUUCGUUCAACAUAUGAUUUUAUUCCACCAGCUAGAGCACCACCGAUAAAUGUCUGGUGUUCAGAUCGAAAUUUUGCGUAUAAGUUAACUGAUGAGAUGCAUAAUCCCUGGAUCAAGAAACUAUUUCUGGGAUUUGCUCGCACUUCUGAGUUCAAUGGUCCUAGAGAACCGAGUGGUCCUAAUCCUUUGAUACAAGAAGUACGCACUGAUUUGCCCAUCUCUGAGCCGAUGCUGCAGCUACCAUACAGGAUAUUUGGGUCAUCUCCACCUAUGAGCAAUUUUGAUCCAGCUAAAAUGCUUACGGAUUCCGGGAAGCUCCAUACGCUAGAUAAACUACUGCGGCAACUUCGAGCUGAAAAUCACCGUGUGCUUUUAUUUGCUCAGAUGACUAAAAUGUUGGACAUCCUUGAGGACUACAUGAAUUUUAGAAAAUUCAAGUAUUUCAGACUUGAUGGAUCUUCUGCAAUUUCUGAUCGUCGUGACAUGGUCCGAAACUUCCAGAACAGGAAUGAUAUAUUUGUUUUCUUGCUAAGUACGAGAGCAGGGGGGCUAGGAAUUAACUUGACUGCUGCUGAUACAGUUAUUUUCUAUGAAAUUGACUGGAAUCCGACACAAGACCAGCAAGCAAUGGAUAGAACACACAGGCUUGGGCAGACGAAGGAGGUAACCGUGUAUAGGCUUAUAUGCAAAGACACUAUUGAGGAGAAAAUAUUGCAAAGGGCGAAGCAGAAGAAUGCAGUGCAAGAAUUGGUCAUGAAAGGCAAACAAGUCCAGGAUGAUCAACUGAUGAGACAAGAGGAUGUUGUAUCAUUACUUCUUGACGAUACCCAGAUUGCACACAAAUUGAAAGAAAUAUCAUUGCAGGCAAAGGAUCGACUAAAGAAGAGGCGGGCAAAGGCCAUCAAGGUUGACAAAGAAGGAGAUUUAAAACUCGAAGACUUGGAUGAUCCAACUGCAGAAUCUGCAGAACAGGAUAACACGACCAACAAAAAGAAAAAAAGCUCGCACAAGAAACCUCUGAGGUCACAGGAUAAUGAUAGUGCGGAUAAUAACGCAAAGGCUCUCAUGGAGGGCGAUAUCCCUGAGAGUGGUCAUGCCGAAGAUGAAGAGCAUAUUGCCUCUCCGAGGCCUAAGAGAUCAAAGAGACUGGUGAAGAGCACCGAUGAGGAUAAAGAACCAGUUGCUGCCUCUUAUAAUGAGAAACCUGCAGAGGCGGCUGAGAUUCAUGAUGACGACGAUAUGACAGAGUUGCAAGACAGGACUCCUUGAGCCCAGUUGAAUGGCUCGACAUGACUAGAUGAGAAGAGAAGAUGUGAAAUGGCACGACUUUGUUGAGUACGGGCCUCAGAGAAGGCACAGUUUAAUGACCAGAGGAGGCGUCUCUGGAGUCUUUAUCUGCUCAAGGCGUUACACAGUUCAAUAAAACUGUGCAGCUUCUUUUCAGAAGCCUGAGGACUACAUGACUGCAACGUGUGUGAUUUGAUUAUUUUGGAGGACGAAGCGUCACCCGUCAGUGCAGGUGCAAUAAGCCUAGGACGGUUUCCACCGUAAAGUGCGUCCUCCUACUGUUACUGUUGCCUUUGAUGUUAGCAUUACAGCGCUUAUCGCUGUGUUCCUGAUGCUCGCUGUGUAAAUAAGGAUUAGUAAUGUUCCAUUAACAUAUAGAAAUAAUUUUUCUGUGUAAAGAGAGAAGGUUGAUGUAUUAAUCACAAGUUUUGUAAUACUGGUAGGCUAAAAAUGAAACAUAGCUGGAAACAUUUGACUUCUGCCAUCGUUAAUUACUUGUACGCUGCUUUAGUCCAAGGGAAAUGCAUUCUGGCAUGUACAGGUAA